AUGAGGAAGAAUAAAAUAAAACGUAAAGUUAAAAGAGAAAGAAGUAAAAAUGAAAAUUCUAGAAAAUCUUACGAAGAUAUUGUUAGAGAAAAUAAAGAUUUUGAAAGUUACUAUAAGUUACAAAAAAUAUGUCCUGAAGAAGAAUGGGAUAAUUUUAUAAAAGCUCUCAAAGAGGAUUUGCCAACUGCUUUUAGAAUAACAGGUUCUAAAACAGAAGCAAAAACCCUUUUGCAAAUCGUUCAAGGACAAUAUUUUAAAGAUUUUCUCAAUGCUAAACAAGAUGAAAGCAUUAAAGAACCUUUUGCUUUGCCAUGGUAUCCUGAUAAUCUUGCAUGGCAAUUACAACUUUCUCGUAAAGAUAUCAGAAGAUGUGAAGCAUUUUUUAAACUUCAUAAUUUUUUAAUAUCUGAAACAGACAGUGGCAAUAUUAAUAGACAAGAAGUUGUUAGUAUGAUUCCACCGAUAGCUCUAGAUGUUAAGUCUCAUCAUAAGAUUUUAGAUAUGUGUGCAUCUCCUGGUUCGAAAACAGCUCAGUUAAUUGAAUAUUUACAUAAAAAUGAUGAAAGGCUUCCUAAGGGUUUUGUUAUAGCCAAUGAUAUUGAUAAUAAUAGGUGUUACAUGUUAGUUCAUCAAGCCAAAAGACUUAGUAGUCCAAAUAUAAUUAUUACCAAUCAUGAUGCUUCUAUCAUGCCUAAUUUUAUUAUUAAAAAUAAUGACGGGGGAGAAAACAUUUUAAAAUUUGACAGAAUUUUAUGUGAUGUGCCUUGUACCGGAGAUGGAACUUUAAGAAAAAAUGCAGAUAUUUGGACAAAAUGGAACACUGCUAAUGGAAAUAAUUUACAUGGAGUUCAAUUUAGAAUUAUUAAAAGAGGUGUUGAAAUGCUUACAAUUGGUGGAAGAUUAGUAUAUUCUACAUGUUCAUUAAAUCCUGUUGAAAAUGAAGCUGUUAUUGCUAGGUUAUUGACAGAAGCACAAGGAUCACUUAAACUUGUUAAUUUGGCACCCCUUCUUCCUGGUUUAAAGUAUUUAAAAGGUUUAAAAUCAUGGUUGGUAACGUCUAAAGAUGUUAAAGGGUAUAAAACAUUUGAUGAAGUGCCUAAGCAAUGGCACACAGUUGUGAGACCACAAAUGUUUCCACCACCUCAAGACAUUGUCGAUCAAUUAAAUUUAGAUCUUUGCGUGAGAAUUCUUCCUCAUCAUCAAGAUACGGGAGGUUUUUUCGUCGCAGCGUUGGAAAAAGUCAAAACAUUACCUUGGGAAAGUUCUAAAAUGAAUGAUGGUAACGAAGAAAAGAACAAUUCAAAUCAAAAAGUUAAAGAACCUAGUAGAAAAAAGAGAAAAAUUUUCGGUUAUCGUGAAGAUCCUUUUAUUUUCUUUGAUGAGAACGAACCUGUUUGGCACGACAUUAAAGAGUUUUACGACAUAACGAACGAGCUCCCAGCUCAAUGUUUGUUAACGAGAUGUAAAGAAGGUAAAAAAAAAAACAUAUAUUUAACGUCACCGGAAGUAAGAGAUAUAGUUAUUAACAACGCAGAAAGAUUUAAAAUAAUAAAUACGGGAGUGAAAACAUUUGCAAGAUGCGACACAAAAGGAAUGAAAUGUUCUUUCAGAUUAGCUCAAGAGGGACUUUGGAGCAUAUUUCAAUUUAUCGGUCCUAAAAGAAAAAUUUCGUUGACGAAAAAUGAUUUACUUUUGUUGCUUGAAAAUAACGAUCCGAAAAAUCCACCGGAAACGGCUAAAUUAAAUCCUACAACGCAAAAAUCAUUAAAUCAAAUAGGUGCGGGUAGUUGCGUGUUUGUGUACGAUGAAGAACCCGUAACGGAUAAAUCCUUGCACGUGGAAUUAGCCGGAUGGGUUGGCGCCGUGACGACAAGAGUUUAUAUUCCAUUAAGCGAUUGCAUUCACUAUCUCAGGUUAUUGGGAGGAGACACGUCGAAAUUUGAAAUAAAUAAAUUUAAAAAAUCUGAAGAGGAUACAGAGGGCGGUGUAAUAAUAAUAGAUGAUGACAAUAUGGGUGUGACAACACAAAAUGAAAAUAAAGAAAUUUAA